UCACGAUCUAGCUAUGUGGUCUGCUAUCUGGUUGGUUUCGCUAUGUGGUCUGGUCUUUGGAGCGUCCAGACUUGAUCCUCUAGUGUCCACCAAGGGAGGUCUGAUUAGAGGGCUACAGUUUGGUGAUGGAUAUGCCAAGUUUUUAGGAAUACCAUACGCUGUUGUUGAUGCUAAUAAUCCGUUUGGACCUUCCGUGCCACACCAAGGCUUUGAAAACACAUUUGAAGCAUACGAGUCAAAGUCAUGUCCACAAACACAAUUCAACAGCAAUGCCGCUGUUGGUACUAUCGACUGCCUCACUGUCGAUAUCUACGUACCAAGCACUGCUAACUCACGAAACCUUUUACCUGUAAUGGUAUGGAUACACGGCGGAGCUUUCAUUGGAGGCAGCAAUGGAGACGAAGCCAAGGAACCUGUGUCAUUACUCAAACAUGAUGUCAUAGUAGUAGCUGUCAACUAUAGACUCGGUAUCUACGGCUUUAUGUGCCUCGACAUACCUGAAGUACCAGGCAACCAAGGACUCAAAGACCAGACACUAGCUCUCAGAUGGGUUCGAGAUAACAUAGCCGCGUUUGGAGGAGAUCCAAACAAAAUCACCAUAUUUGGUGAAAGUGCUGGUGGUAUGUCCGUUAAUAUGCACUUGUUCUCGUUAAAUGAGAAGUUGUUCGAUCAGGCUAUUAUACAAAGCGGUCCAGCUCUAAGUUACUGGAUGAUGGUAGAAUCAAAUAAUACUAUACCUUCAAGGCUUGCUGAGGAGUUAGGUUUUGUUACUUCUGAUAUAAAUGAGGCUCUUAAAUAUCUUGCCACCGUUGACCCACAUUUGCUAGUGCAAGUAGCGAAAGACUUGAAAAUUUCCAGUGGAUCUGGCAAUGAUCAACCUCUCACCAAACCGUGUGUUGAGAAGGAAUUUGAAGGAGUAGAGAAUUUUAUAACAGAGCAUCCAAUGAAUACAAAAUCCACAAAAGUGAGUAGGACUCCAAUAAUCAUAGGAAACACUGCGAGGGAAUUCUAUUUCCAGUACGCUUACCAAGACGAGAAAUUUUUCGAAUCGUUCGAUAUAAAGACCUUAUUUGAAAUGGGAUUUAAUGUUGACAGUGAUUUCGAAGAAGCUAUAGACGAUGCGAAACGUUUUUAUUUUGGCGAUGAAAAGAUUGAACAGAGGGUUGUGGAAGAACUGAUUGAUUUUGGAACAGAUUUAAUUUUUGGUCAUUCAACACAGAGGAUGGCUGAGAAACUCUUGGACAGUGGUGCAGACAAGGUAUACCGGUUUAUUUUCUCAUACCGUGAAGCAAGCCAUGGUGAUGAAUUAGGUUAUUUAUUUGACUCGACUUUGGGGAAAUCAGAAGAACAAUCGGAUACUGAAAAGGCGUCAGUUAAAACUCGACUUACAACCCUGUGGACGAAUUUCGCAAAGUAUGGAAACCCAACGCCGACUUCCACGGACCUGCUACCAUUCACCUGGACCCCAAUCACGAAGACAUCACAGCCGUACCUAGACAUGGAUGCCGACUUCACCAUCAAGAGCAGACCAGCUCAUGCACGAAUGGCAUUCUGGGAUAUAUUCUACAAACUGUAUGGAAAACAUCAGAAAUGGUACAAGGAACAAUUAGUCCUAUUAAUAAAAAUAUUGGCCAAUUUCUUAAUUUACUGUGAAAUUUUGCAAGGUUCAAAUAUGUGGGUUAUAGUAAUGAUUUUAACGCUAUGUGGGGUUGUGCAAGGGGUAUCUAAGGCCCCGUUAGUGUCAACAAAACUUGGUGAGAUUGAAGGAUUGGAGUUUGGAGAUGGACAUGCUCAGUUUUUAGGAGUACCUUAUGCUGUGGUGGAUGAGAACAAUCCUUUUGGGCCAUCAACACCACACCCAGGCUUCAAUGAAACCUUCAAAGCAAACGAGUCAAAAUUGUGUCCCCAAAUAAAAGACAAUGAGGCCGUGGGAACACUCGAUAGCCUCGUCAUGAACAUCUACGUACCAAAGACAGCUAAUUCCCAAAACCUCUUACCAGUCAUGGUAUGGAUACAUGGAGGUGGCUUCGUUGAUGGCAGUGCUGAUGACAAAGGCAAAAGUUCUCCAAAGGAAUUCAUGAAACAUGACGUCAUUGUUAUAGGAAUCAACUAUAGACUUGGUAUAUACGGCUUCAUGAAUCUAGACAUCCCUGAAGUACCUGGCAACCAGGGUCUAAAGGACCAAGUGCUUGCUUUCAGAUGGAUCAGGGAAAAUAUAGAAGCGUUUGGUGGUGAUCCUAAUAAUGUGACAGCAUUUGGUUGUAGUGCUGGUGGCAUUUCUAUCAAUCUCCAUCUACUUUCACCUUAUGAGAAGUUAUUUGAGAAAGCGAUAAUACAAAGUGGGACUGUGUACGCCCGAUUUUGGUUGAGUGAAGUAGAUUAUACAGUACCUAUUAGAAUAGCUAAAGAAUUAGGAUUUAAUACAACAGAUAAACUUGAAGCUGUGAAAUAUCUAUCAACUGUCGAUCCUCUUGUAGUUAUCAAUGCAGUUAACAAUUUACAACAUGAUGGGGUUAAUGUGAGAAGUGAGAUUAACCCAAAAACAGUACCAUAUGUUGAGAAAAAGUUUGAAGGAGUUGAAAAUUUUGUAACUGAAAAGAUGGGGAAUAUUGUAUCGUCAAGUAAAGUAGAAACGACCCCUAUCUUACUAGGCGACAAUAGUAAUGAAGCUGCUGUUGUCAUACAUGCAGCUGAUGAUGAAUUUUAUAAAAGAUUUGAUUUUGGUAGACAUUUAUCCUUAGGAUUUGAUUUUAAAGGACCUGUGCCCGAAGAAGCUGUGAGAAGCGUAAAGGAUUUCUACAUAAAAGACGAUAAUUUGAAUACUCUUAAAGAUGGUGUAUUAAAAUUCAUGUCGGACUUUUAUUUUUCACAUCCAACGCAAAAAACUCAGGAAUUCUUGUUGGAUAUUGGUGCGAGUUCGCUGUAUCGGUAUAUUUUCUCGUACAGUGGUGGUAGAAAUUUGGUCCAGUUGACGAAAAAUUUCACAGCUGAGGGAGCUACACAUGCUGAUGAUCUUGGAUAUUUGUUCUAUUACGACAUAUUUGGAAAGACAAAUCCUCAAGAUCAAAUCAUGGUUGACAGAAUGAUUACGAUUUGGACCAAUUUUGCGAAAUAUGGCAACCCAACACCGAACAAAACAGACCUGCUACCAAUCAAAUGGGAAUCCACUACAAAAUCUAAUCCUAAAUAUGUAGAUAUAGACUUAGACUUAACCGUAGGAACCACACCGUUCCCUGAGAGAAUGGAAUUCUGGAAUAAAUUCUACGAUCAGUAUGGAAGAUACCAGAUUUGAUUUGGAUUUAGACAGAAUGGUUGACUUGGGUGAUGAAAAAACAGUUGGAUUCUUAUGAAAAAGCGAAAGAGGUUUGGAAGAUUCGUAGUAAAUGGCGUUCCUUUAUCUCUGCCUACCCCUAUGUGAGGCAUGGGUGGUGAGUUUAUGUAUGUUGUAGAAAAAUGUGUAACUUAAGUUAUUUAAUAUUUAAUUGUGUAUAAAUAAAAUAAAAUGGUGUUAA